UCACAUCAUCAUAAGAAGAAGAUGAUUUCACUGUUGGUGGAAAAAUAACAAUCAAAGCAAAACUAUUUAAUCUGAAAUCUUUAUUGAUGUAAUUUUCUGACCGCGAAAUAACCAGCAGUGAUCAAGAUGGCCGAUGAAGAGUUCACAGACAUAAAUGGCAACUGGAUUUCUUUAGACUGCCAAACGCACUCUUCUUUCUGCAGAGAGUUUACUGUUACCUCACCCAAACUGUCCUUGCGCAAGGUGAUGGUGUACACCUGCUGUGUAUGGUUAUUUGCUUAUGCUGUAUUCUUCUUCACGCAGAACACGGCGGUCCUGUCGAGUGCCAUCAUCCUCACGCUGGUUGGGAUGGUGAUUCAUAUUCACUUUGUGAAGGUGGACCAUGAGACCCUUCUCAUCAUCGGCUCUCUGGGUGUUCAGCUGUCCUCGUCUUACGCUUCUGGACGAGAAAGCACGACUUUCAUCGAGAUGAGCAAGCUGAAAGACAUCGUCAUCAACGAGGCUGUUUAUAUGCACAACAUCAUAUACUAUCUGUGCAUUCUGAUUAAGGACCCGGCAGAUCCUGAGACUGUGACCAGUGUUGUUCCUCUCUUCCAGAGUUCAAAGCCUCGGCUCAAUUGUUUGAUUCAAGUGUACAAGAGCUGUCAAGAGAUUCUAGCACAGAGCAGAUGACGCAGAGGACUCCAUGUCUUUCGCUCAGCAGAGGCUUUCUUUGAAGAUGAAUGAAGAUUGGAAAACUCCAGAACGAAUCAUAAGCACAUUGUUGGUAGCUUUUUUUGUAUUGUCACUAAUACACAAUGCAUUUUGUUACAUGCAGAGGUUUUUUAGAUACGUUUUGCGUCCACAAACAUUUGUACAGUACAGUAUUCUCGCCUCAUUUAAAACAUUAUUGAAUGAUCAGCCAUUUAGUUUUUUAGGAUGUGUUCACACUUGGUUGAUUAGGUUUGAUUAAGUUGUUGGUGCGGUUUAUUUGAAUAAGUUUGAAUGCUGAACUUUGACAAUUAGCGCUGCGUGAUUUUGUAAAACGACUGACAAUGGAAUAUUUUCAAUAUAUAUUUUAAUAU